UAUUUUUUGCUUUUUCAUUUUUCAUUUUUCUUCUCAUUCAAUUACUAUUUCCAGCUUCACAUAUAUAUUGCUAGCUCAGAGCAAUAACAGCUUUUGUGGACUUCUCCUCCUUCAAAUUCCACCCUCCACAGUUCUCGCAUGCCCAGUGAUUCAAAUUUCAAAUAUAUUUGGGAUGGAAGUCUCUGGGCAAAGUGUGCUCACAUAUGACGAAGAACAGGCAUUGAAGUGCUUGCUUGAUGCCUUUGACCCUGCAUUUUCUCUGGAUGAUAUAGCUUCUGCCUAUUGCAAGGCGAGCCGGAAUGCAGACUUGGCUGCGGAAAUUUUGAAUGAAAUGCAGGGAAGCUCCUCCACCUCUGGAACCCAAUCAUCCAAGACAGAUUCCAGAGCUGAAGAGACUUCAGUAUCAUCUGAUGGAUAUUUCUCUGAAAAUCCCUGCCAAGAGAGGAAAAACGCAAGGCACAAAGCUCGCCCGGUUUCAUUAGGUUCUGUCUCAGGGGUUAUUGGUAAGGAUUAUGUUAGACCGAUGCCCUCGGCAAAUGGGUCUUAUGGUGUCACUAAACCAAUUAAGUUGGAUGCCAAGGAAUUCCCGAUGACUGGAAUCUGGCGUGAAAAAAGCAAGCCAAAUACUUUCAAGCGUGAUCAGCUUCACAAGGACAUGGAAGAUUUCUUAUUUAAAAUGCUUGGAGAGGGCUUUCAGCUUGACAGAAAUAUGAUACGAGAAGUUCUGGAUACUUGCGGGUAUAACAUGCAGAAGAGCUUGGAGAAACUGCUUGAUCGAUCAGUUGUGGCUGCGGACGAAAGAUCAGCUGUUGGGGAUUCAGCUGGGAAGUUUACAGAUACAAAACCAAAAUCUGAAGAACCUUCGUCCGAAAGAAAGUCUGAGAAUUUAAAUAUCGGACGUAAUGAGGAGCUGCAACAGAAAGGGACACACGACCUUCAGAAAGAAGUCCUGUCUUCAUUAUUUAAUUAUCAUGAGUAUUCCGAGGAACCUCCAAGAAGAAUUGUAAAUCAUGUGAAUACGAAUUCAAGAUAUGGACAUGUGGUUACUGAACCACCCGAAGACUCGAUGAAAGAGUACAAGAUCGACAUGGACUUCUCUCGAAAUGUAGAAGAUGCGGAGGACGAGGAGGAGUACCAAAGUUUGCGUAGAGCUGUGAAGGAGUAUCGAGCGACAAUGAAUGAAUAUUACAAAGCAGCAGUUGAUGCAUUUGCCAAGGGGGAUCAGACUAAAGCAGAAAAACUCUUAGCUGAGGGAAAUUUUUUUCUCCAAAAGGUUCGUGAUGCAGAUGAAGAGUCUAGCAGAAUGAUUCUCGGAACUAGCACUGAAGAGGACCAAGAAAUGGUGCUUGACUUGCAAGACCAUGGUGCAAAGGAAGCUAAGCGUCUGCUUAAGAGUCAUCUUUCUUCUCUUUCUGGCAUUCCAUCAUUUGAGUACCUCAAGGUUAUCAUUGAUGCGAAUGAUCAAGAAAAAACCAAACAGUCUCGCAGGAGACUAGUGAUACUAAAACUAUUAGAGGAGGAAUCCAUAAAGUGGGUUGAAGGGGAAACAGCGGGUACAAUAUUGAUCCGGUUGCAAAGCAUAGAGCGGAAACGUUUGAGUUUUUUCAAAACAUAGAUAGCAGUAAUCAAUAUGCCAUCUGUGACGAGCUAUCGAAUGAAAAUUGGAAUUAAGGUUGUCUUUGGCCCUAUGGAGUAAUUCACCCAAUUUUUGGAACAUUUUUUGAAAUAUGAGGAACCAAAUCAAAAGAUAUCCUUUUUGGGUUUGCUAGGUACAUGUCAUUUUUUCUUCUAAGCAUUGAUAGCAUGCGGGUAAAAUGCAAAUUUUGUUCACUUGCAACUACAGAUUAUGAGGUUUUGACGCUUCAGUUGAGCUGAUAUGAAUGAUUCAACUCAAAAUUGCUUU